UUAUGGGCACGAGCUCCCCCCACGUGUCAGUGUGGAGCAGAGUCAACAUGGUAAGCUACCGACACCGACAGACUUCAGCAGACCGAGUUAGUUAGACACUACUCCUACAUCUCUACGCACCACAUUUCUGGACUGUUCAGACACGGAUGAGGUAGCUACAGCGGUACCGUCAAGUGUGCAGGUUGGAUCUCUGAGAUCUGCUGCUCCUGUUUCAUCUCCUCUCCUUGCUCAGUUCACAUCAAUAUGGCGAGCGGGGAUGAUGAUGACCCCAUUAUAGAGGAGAUUGAUGUGUAUCUUGCCAAAAGCCUUGCAGAUAAGCUAUAUCUUUUCCAGUACCCUGUCCGACCAUCCACUAUGACCUACGAUGAUGUCAACCACUUAUCAGCGAAGAUCAAACCCAAGCAGCAAAGGGUGGAGUUAGAAAUGGCAAUCGACGCAAUGAGCCCCAACUACUGUCGCAGCAAAGGAGAGCAGAUAGCUCUGAAUGUGGACGGCACGACGUACGACGAAACCAACACCUAUUCAGCGAAAAUGAUGGAUAAACAGACCUUCUGCUCCAUCCAGGCCACCACCAACACCUCCAGAUAUGCUGCUGCUGUGUUUCGCAAAGGUGAGCUUCACGUCACACCUCUGACGGGAAUCCUCCAGAUGAGACCGAGCUUCUCGUACCUGGACAAGGCUGACACCAAAACCAGAGAGAGGGAGGCCGCCAAUGAAGGUGGCGAUUCCUCCCAGGAUGAGGCUGAGGAGGACGCCAAGGCCAUUACGGUGAGGUUUGCUCGUCCCGAGUCAGAGCAGGCUCGGCAGAGAAGGAUCCAGUCGUACGAGUUCCUCCAGAAGAAGCAGGCGGAGGAACCCUGGGUUCACCUACACUACCACGGUGUCAAGGAUGGGCGUUCAGAGCAUGAAAGGCAGUACAUGUUCUGCCAGUCAGUGGACGCCUCAGAGAACUCUGAACUGGUCAAAACUCCUAAAGAGUACCUGGCAAUGCUGAUGCCCCCUCUUGCAGAGGAAAAAGUUGUGAAGCCAGUUGGUCCCAGUAACGUACUCUCCAUGGCUCAACUCCGCACUCUGCCACUGGGAGAGCAAGUCAAGACCCUGAUGAAGAAUGUCAAGGUGAUGCCGUUUGCUAACCUGAUGGGCCUGCUCGCCUCUGGCACAGACUCAACCGCAACGCUGCGAUGCAUCCAACAGGUGGCGCUGCUGGUUCAGGGCAACUGGGUUGUCAAGAGUGAUGUUUUGUAUCCUAAAAACACCUGCAGUCCUCACAGUGGUGUCCCUGCUGAAGUGCUCUGUCGUGGCCGGGACUUUGUGAUGUGGAGGUUCACUCUGGAGCGCUCUGUGAUGAGAAAGGAGAUUGCAUCCAUCAUCAAACUUCCUCCAGAGGAUGUGAAGGAGUUCCUGGAGCAUGUGGCAGUUCCUCGAGUCAACCGGGGCUGGGAGUUCCUGUUGCCUACUGAUGGAGACUUCAUUAAGAAACACCCAGAUGUUGCCCACAGGCAACAUAUGCUGUGGCUUGGCAUCCAGAGCAAGUUGGAAAAGGUCUUUAACUUCUCGAAAGAAGACUUCAUGCCAAAGAAUUCCCCUCAGCCUGAGCCUGUCCAUGUCAGUGGGGAGCAGCGUCUGAAGAUGGCUCAGGAGCGUGCUCAAGGAAACCAGUCGUCCCUACAGAAGGACCUGAACGCUAGACGGGCAGGAAGCAGCGUCCACGUCAAACAGGAACCCCUCAGUGACCGGGAAGACGAACCAAUGGACACCUCCUCCUCCUCCAUACCCAACGGUUCUGUCAAUGGUUACCCCAGUGCCACCUCACCUGCCUUAGAUCACACUAACGGUAACGGAGGGAGCCCCGCCAACACAGCGUCCCUGGAGCUGCAGGACUUUGUGAUAAAGACUUUCAGGAAGCAUUUUGUACUGACGCUGAAUGAGUUCAAGAGGCUGUUUAACCUCCACCUGGCCUCCAUGCCAGUGGGACGGAGCGUCUUCCCCUCCAUCUCAGACCACAUGCUACAGGAUGCCAUACUGCUCUGCCAGUGCAAACAGAUAAUGGUGCCUUUUCCUGCUCAGACCACAGCAGCCCCUGAUGAACAGAAGGUGUUUGGUUUGUGGGAGACUGGAGAGGAAUUCGACAAGGAGUGCUGCAUUAGCCACGCAGGGAUGUGGUACCUCAAGGGAACAAUACCGUCCUGACCUUGAGAGCCUGCUCCCCUGCGGUCACCGUCAGCCAAUCAAAUCCUCUCCCGGGUGUCCAGUGGGAGGGCAGCCAGAGAGAUGAGAGCCAAUCACAAUCACAGCUCGCCAAGCUCUAAGAGUGGGCGAUUGGAGGACAAUAGAUGUCAGCCGUCGGCUCAGAACAAGAAGCUUUUCUCGUUUUCAACCGAAGCAUUUCUGACAUAGACAGGAGCACUCUGAUGCAGCGCGGAGGAUAGAAACUCCUCACAUACCCACACUGAGAGCUGGAGUGUCUGAGGAGGAGUAUAUCAAUAUAAAAGAAUGAAGAAACGGCAAAAUAUAUACGGUUUAUCAAAAGAUUUUGCCAUUUUUUUGGACCUCAUGUUUGAUUAUUUUUGAAUUAAACUUUUACCAGAUCAGGAUGGUGUUUACUAUUGAAAGCAAACGUGGCUCAAAGUGCUUUAGGUGUUACUCCUGAUUUGUACAUUUUGCCAGGGAAAACCAUUGACUUUAUCCUACCAUCAACAAAGCAAACCUAGGGUAGAAAAUCUGAUUUGUUUUUCAUCCAUUAAUUUAACACAUUUUCUCUUUACCUGAAAAAUAUCAACUGAGUCGAGUAUUUAUUCCACCUUCAGUAAACCAAUUCAAGUGCUGAGCUUUAAGGUCAGAUGAUGCAGUUGCUUAAUUAAAACGUGUUGAGACACUUGAAGAAAUGUUGCCAAAUUCAUGAGUCAGCAAACCUGAAACAAAAAGAGGAAGAAAAAGUCCCUGAGGUCAUUUUGCUCAUGUACAACUGACAUCACUUCAUAUUUUUGGCAAUCAUGGACCUGGAAACUGCUACAUCUAAUGUGGCUUUUCCCACAUUUGGAAUGUGUACUAAAAUAUAAAGUUUGAGGAUAAAGUGGAUUAAAUGGCUGAUGUUGAGGUAUUUUUUUUUUUUUUGGUUGAAUGUACAGUUUCAAAUAUUUUUCCUUUCAUGAGAGACAGAUAUUGAUGAUAGCCAAUAAAGAUGCAAUUUCGAAUAAGAUUUUUGUUGUCAUAUUUUGAUCAAAAAUCUGUUAGGACUUUAAUCCAUUUGUACGAACAAAGUGGAACGGAUGUGUUGAUGGACCGGAUCGUUGGUCUGGUAUAAACGCUGGACUACCAUCUAUGGGGGUGAUGGGGGAGUUGUUGCUAUGGAUAUGCUGGUGUAUCGCCAUGUGCUGCUAUCUUGAGCCUCCGUAUAAAAAGUGCCUCACAAGACAAACUCCCUCCCAUUCAUACACCCAAUAACAGGAACAUUAAUGCUUUGAUCCUCAUUGAAAUACUUCUAAACCUUCAAGAGUGGAAAUAUAGUAGUACAUCAAUGACCGCUGUAUUUCUUUUUCAUUGGCUUGUUACAUUGCUCAAUAAACAUUGUCACCUGUCUGA